AGACUAGCGUGAUAACCAACUACACCACCCAGACUGAUGCUCUUUUGAUAAUUACGUAUUUUAUAUAUUAAUUAUCCCUUAGUUUAAUUAAAUUAUUUUUUCAGUAGCCUAAAAACUAAAAUUCCUUCUAUUAGCUCUUCAGACCAAAAUCAAAACCAAAACCAAAUCCCUCUUCAAUGGCGUCUACAGGAAAAACCAAGAAGAGGACACUAAUUAAAGAGUCAGAGAAAGGCACCAAGAAGAAACUCAAAACCAAGAACCACGGCAUACCCGAAUUCACCAUCAAACAUGAAGAGCUACAACCCCCAGAGGAGGAGUUUGACGACGAUGUUGACUCGGACGAGUCCGACUCCGAGAAGCUCUCGAGUCUCCUCGAACCUUACUCCAAAGACCAGUUGAUUGAACUCAUCUGCGACGCGUCCCUCAAGGAUGCAACCCUCUUGAACCGAGUCCGAGACAUCGCAGACCGCGACGUCUCCCACCGAAAGAUCUUCGUUCACGGUCUAAGUUGGGACACCACCCGCGAAACCCUAACCGCCAUUUUUGAACCCUUCGGCAGUAUUGAUGAGUGCAACGUGGUUUUGGAUAAGAACACCGGGAAAGCUAAAGGGUACGGCUUCGUUCUGUUUAAGACGCGGCGGGCCGCUGUUAAGGCCCUGAAGAAUCCCCAGAAGAGGAUCAAGAAUAGGGUCGCUUCGUGCCAGCUUGCUUCCGUGGGACCGAUUGCUGGCGGGCCUCCGGCCCAGGACGUGAUUUCGGCUGCGGCGCCCCGGAAGAUAUACGUCAGCAACGUGCCGUCCGAAACCGACCCGGAGAAACUGAGGGCUUUCUUUGCUAAAUUUGGGGACAUUGAAACAGGUCCUAUUGGGUUCGAUACGCAGACUGGGAAAUCGAGGGGUUUUGCUUUAUUUGUGUAUAAGACUCCCGAGGGGUUCAGAAAGGCGCUUCAGGAGCCGUACAAGAUGUAUGACGGGCACCAGUUGCAUUGCCAGAAGGCUACUGAGGGGAAAAACAAGAACCAAUCGGCGCAACUUCAAUCUCAAGUUCAGGCUCAAGCUCAGGCCCAGUCCCAGCCGCAGCAGCAGCCACACCCGAUGCUUGCAAUGGCUGCAGCUCAAAAUUUGGCAAUGUUUGGUCAUAAUUCCGGCUUCAAUCCAAUAUAUGGUGGCGGGUAUUUUGUGAACCCCGCCGCUGGAAUGAUCCCCGGGACUGUCAAUCCGGCGAUGAUGGCUGGGGCAUUGAAUCAGGGUUUGAUUUCGACGAGUCAAGUGGGUCAGACCGGUUCUGGUGUGGCUGGGUACAGUGGAGGUUCUAAUGGGUUUGGUAGUUUAGUUGGAGGAAGCUCUGUUCUUGGUUCAUUUGGUUCGAAUGUGCCUCCGUCUCAGGCACUGCAGGCUUUGCAGCAAGUUUACCCGCAGUCUCAGUUUGGGCAGGCGGCUCCUCCUCCCGGUAGGGUUCAGGGAACCGGUGGGGCUAUCACCGGCUACCCAUCUUAUACUUGAUUAAGUGCUGCUGAACUUCAGGAUCGAUGACCAUGUUAUCUGGGAGAAAUCUUUAUCCAUAAUCUAUAGGUCAAUCAAUUUGUGGAAAAGUAUUAUAGAUUUUGAAGUCUACCUUUGAUUUUAUACUUUCACAAUUUGCCGACUGUUUCAGCUUUUCACCAAUCUCAAAAAGAUUUUGGGUCCGGUCGUCUACUAUUUUGUUUUCCUUUCUUAUUAUCUUUGAUCACUUUAUUUGUAAGAUUUUAAACUCUCUUUUAGUUUCACUUCUACUGAGCUGCACAUCCCGUCUUACAUUUUCUUUCUCAUUUCUGACUUUUUUUUUAAUAUUUUGUUUAGUGUUCCUUUAUUGUUUUUGCUUUCCCUUUUAGUUUUGAUUAUAGUAAUUUGUAAUUUGUGGUUAGAAGAUUUGUUUUACAGUACAAUAAUAAUAAGCUAGUUUCUUGUUCUUUUUUUGGAUUAGAAUUUUAUAAUUAUAUAAUUUCAAGGGUCUUCUUUCUUUAAAUUUGUGUAUGGACAUACUUUAACACGCUUUAUGUUCUUACUCUAAUAUAUAAUUUUCAAACGCUUUUAUGCUCUUUUAGACGGCUUGUACUUAUUUGUAAUUGCUUUGUGCCCUGAGAUUUGGUACUCUGCUAGAUUUUCGUCCCACCCACUUGUGGAAAAGCGCAGCGGAGCAACUCUUUCUUAUAAUGCUCUUGAUCCUGGUUUGUGCCUCGUUUUUUCUCUGAUCGGAUGGUAUAUGAAAACGUUGAAAGAGUAGUAUAAAUAAAUACAUGCAAGGCCUAUCUUUAUUUCUUCCUUUUUUGUUUUUGUUUUUUGGUUUUAGGAAAUAUUUCGUCGUUUUUGCUUUGCAUGGUCUUGGUUUUCUGUUGUGUUUAUUGCUUUGCAUCGUCUCUUUCUCACUUUGGAUACAUUGAAUAUUUAAUCUCUUUUAAGUGAAAUUCAUAUUCAGUGUUUUGUUUUGCCAAAUUUUUUUUCCCAGUCCAUUCUAGUUUUAUUCGAGUUCUUUGAAAUCAGACAUAACAAAGGCUUUUCUUUCUUUUUUUUUUCUCAAUCAUUUAUCAAUUUUGUAAGUAAGUAAAGCACCAAGUAAAGAAGUAAUGGAGUGGAAUGGUUAUAUUUUAGAGUGUUGAACAUCAUUUUGGUAGAAUAGUUAUUCAAUUUGAAAAUGCGAGGAAACACUAUUGAAAAAAAUUUAAUAAUUUUUUUUAUCAAAUUUUUAUUUAUUUUAAUUUUUAUUCUAUUCCAAUAUUACCUUUUUUUUUCUUUCAAUUCUCAUUCUUAUUUUUCUACUUUCAUUCCUUCUAAGCCAAUGGCCACUUUCCUCCACUUUCAUUCCUUAUAACCAAUGGCCACUUUCAUUCCUUCUAACCAAUGGUCACUUAAGUUAUUAUUACUUAUAAGUAGUUAGCUUAUUUAGAAUUUGUGCUAGCUUGUUCAUCUCUCUCUCCUUUAGCCCAUAAGGGUCAAAGUAUUGUAAUAAUUCCAGAAUGAUGUUUAAUCAUUUCUCUGUACAGUUAAGUAUUUAUGAUAUGCCAUGCCCAACCCAAGCAUAAGUUAAUAAUGUAAUCUUGUUGUACUUUCUUUUGUAAGCUUAUUAUUUCCAAUCUUGCAAUUAUAUAUAUCUGUACAUAUUUGUUUU